AUGGGAAGGUUGUCCACAAAGGAUCGACUACCGCAAUGGGGAACAAUAGAUUUAGCUAUUUUUCCUCUUUGUGACCACAUAGAUGAGAGCCAUAAUCAUUUAUUUUUUGAGUGCUCCUAUUCAAAGAGAGUAUGGAGCAAACUCUUGAAAUGGCAAAACAUAUCCAAGAAUGUAAGACGAUGGCAAGAAGAGAAAUCAUGGGCAACUAGCAAUGCAUCUAGUCGAAGUGUGCAGGCUGAUAUCUACAAGAUGUGUCUAGCUGGGGCUGUCUAUCAUAUAUGGCUAGAAAGGGAUGCUCGGGUGUUUUCGCAAGGACAGAAGGAGGACAAAGGCUUGGUCAGACAGAUUAUCCAAGAAAUCUUUGUUUGUGGAUCCAUGACUAAGAAGUUUGCUACCAAGUUAGCUCAAAUGAAUUGCUAUCCUUGA